GGAUACAUUUCAUAGGUGGCGUUGUGCUCGCUUGCGACCGCGUCAUUUCGAAGGGAAAGGAGAUUUGUUUACAUUUUUGAAAUCUCAUUUGCAAAAAUGUCUGCUAUAUAUGAUUAUUUAAGAGCUGUUGCAAUUGUAGUUGCAUUUAUUGCAGCUAAACAAAGCAAAAAAGCUGCAUGGUCGUUUGACUUAAUUCUCACAGCAUGGUUUGGAAUGGGAUGCUUUCUCUUCCCCCAAACUGUGGUGUCAAAAGUUUUUGAAUCCCCAUCAGAUCCAGCUGUUGGAUAUGGCGUACAGACUUUGGGAGCUUGUUUUCUUGGAGUAGCCUGUUUUCAAUAUCUGUGUCUUAAUUCCAGAGAUGACACGGUCAUUGGAAGCAUUGCACUCUCCAAGGCUUUGGGAUUUGUGCCUCUUCUUGCUACCUCCCUCUAUACGUAUGUAACGUAUCAGAAGAAAGUUGACCAUGCUGCCUUUUGUUUCCUUUUGACGAUCUACACAGGGAUCUGGUUAAUUAAUGUGAUGCUGUUGGUGGAGACACGCCCAUCCAUAGGGAGAAGGGAGCAGAGGGGACCAGUCAGUGUUGUAUUCCGUCUAAUGUUUCUCGUCUUCCUGCUCCACGGCUUGGCGGCUCUGGCUUUCCCAUCCACUAUCUUGUCACUCAUGAAAAUGAAAGAGACGAUGGCCUCAAAUUAUUUGGUGCAGUCCAUUGGUGUACUGCUGAUCAGCAACAUCUUCACCUCGUGGUAUGCACCAUGUUUCCUCCGAAAAGAAGACAAAAAAAGCUUCAUUGUCAGUCAGAUUGUGUUUGUAGGCCUGCUUACAUUAGCCUCUGUGUACUACUGCAACCUGAGAAAAGAAAACACUAAAGCAGUCCUCCUUCAGAUUGGUCACUCGCUAGUGGGAGGGAUUCUGCCUGCUGUGGGGUACUUCCUGCUGACCAGGGAAGAUCGUGUCCCUACCAACUCCUACUUCACUCGCUCCAAGAGUAGCUAGACUCUCCCAAUCAGUAUAAUUCAUGUCAAACACAUUUCUGUCUUACAAAUACUCCAUGUCUAUUAGUGCUAACAGUUGUUAUGUGUUUAUUAUAUUACACAGUAUGUAGCGAAAUUUUUUAUCUGUUUUUUUUUUUUUUUUUUAUAUGUAUAUCAUCGCUAGAUCUGCUUUUAAUAUUUUAAAUGUCUAUAAUCAUGUCAUGCAGAUUAAUUUUAAAAUACAUGUAUAGAUAUAAUUCUUUUUUUUCUUCUUUUUUUUGUGAAAUGAAAAUUUGGAGUCAUGAAAAUAGCUAAAAUAUUUGUGGUAAUGAUUUUUUGUGUGUUUACUGUAAUUGUAAAUUCAGAGAUGGUAUACACAAACUGUGCAUUACUUGAGCUGCCAAACAGGCCCUCUUAACAUCCAGGUACCCUUGAUGAGUUUAUGUGGUAUACUCAUGCCAUUCCAUUUCACAUGGCCUCUGGUUAUGUAAUACAGCUGAAGAAAGGAACGAUUUUUUCUAUCGACGCAUGCAUUUUCAAGUAAAAGUUUUUUUUUUCUAUUUCAAAAUGCUAUUCGAUGAAGUUGAUAGGAUGCAUUUGUCCCCUGCAUUGUAAAUAUUGUCUGUGUACACAUGAGGAAAAAGAAUACUCAGUGGGCCCAUUUUAUUGUUUAUAGUUAAUAUAAAUCAGUCGAAUACUUUGGGAAGCACUUGGAAUAUUUUGACAAAAUUAGGUGAAAAUCUAGAUUAAUCAUGUGCAAGUUGAGAGCUACAGAAUAUAGGGUAAAUGCUAUUAUUUUUCUAUCACUGAAAUUGGAUUCCCUGUGUUAAAGGAGUUAAAGCCUUUUCCAUUAUACAUAUCUAGGGUAUCAAACAUUGAGUGGGUCUUUGUGUUCCCACUAUAUUUAGUGAGUUCACAGAAAAACUGUACUAAAAGUAUUAAGGUAAUUUUGUUGGCAUGUUGUGAAUAAUGGUUUUAUUGGCAAAUGAGGAUUAUCACCAAUGAAAUAAAAACAAAAUUUUCUUUUAAUAUUUAAAUGAUAAAGGAAAUAUUGUCAAAAAUAAAGCAACUACUCUUUGGAGAAAAAUCGGCCAAAUGUUCCUGACAUCCAAAUUGCUCAACAAACAGUAUUGAAUGAUUUCAUGGUAGUUUGAUAGAGCAAUAAAUUAUUAGUCUCAAUAUGUAUAAUCAAAAUACUUUGUAGUUAGUUUCCUUGUGUUCAAAACUUCCACCUGUUCUGUUCUACCAGUCACAGUAGUGCUUAUAUUGUCUCCAUAUAGUGCUGUUACAUUGUUUUAUUUGCCAUUGUGCCUUAGAUGACUGGAGUCUAUUGUGCACUGUUGUGUAUUGUAUAUUGAAGUUUGACUUUUGCUGAUAUUGACAAAUGUAAAUAAGAUGGAUAGAUAAACUGACAGCUUACAGGCAGCACAACCCGCAAUGUAAUAAAAGUUUUGUACAGUCCAGUAUUUUUAUAAUUUCAUAUUAAAGGAAGUGUCCUGAGUUUUGUAGAAUGAAUUUAUUUGAGCAUUGGUUAUGUACCAAAUAAAUUUGAUGUCAGUUAC